GUCACUCAGCCUGUAAUCCCCGCCCCUACGCGAUCUCUCGGCCAAUGGUUGCACGCCUGCAGUCCAAACGCGGCUGUGACCUUGCCGGUAUUUGCUAUCUGAUUGGUCAGCGCCUGUUGUGUGUGCCGUGAUUGGUUGUGUGGCUACACCCGGCACGCUUGCCCCUACCCCGCUGUUUGUAUUGCUGCAGCACCGUAAUGUCGGCGGGUGUCCUCGGCAGUCGAGUCAGGUUGGCGUCUCUGCAGAGGCUGCACAUACUGCAGGCACACCUGAAUGUCCUCCCACGUGGAACGUCUCGCCCGAUGAGCAGUCGGGAUGGCCCUGAGGGUGAGGUGCUGCUGCAGACGUCGGGCUGUGCCGGGGUCAUCACCCUCAACAGACCGAAGGCCCUCAACGCACUCAACCUGUCAAUGAUCAGAAAGAUCUUCCCUCAGCUCAAGAAGUGGGAAGAAGAUGACCAGACGUCCAUUGUGAUGAUCAAGGGAGUUGGGGACAAAGCCUUCUGUGCAGGUGGAGACAUUCGAGCUGUGGCAGACGCCGGGAAGGCGGGGGGCAGCCUGAUUCAGGACUUCUUCAGAGAGGAGUACAUUCUGAACAACGCCAUAGGCACCUUGCGGAAGCCCUACGUGGCUCUUAUUGAUGGCAUCACCAUGGGCGGUGGAGUCGGUCUGUCUGUCCACGGGCACUUCCGCGUCGCCACAGAAAGGACACUUUUUGCCAUGCCUGAAACUGGUAUAGGGCUGUUUCCUGACGUUGGCGGCGGCUUCUUCCUUCCCAGACUGCGAGGUAAACUCGGCCUCUUCCUGGCACUCACUGGCUUUCGACUCAAAGGGCGCGAUGUCCAGCAGGCUGGGUUGGCCACUCACUUUGUGGAAUCUCAGAAGCUGGCCGCUCUGGAGCGCGACUUGGUGCAGCUGAAGUGUCCCUCACAGAAGGACGUGGCGGGCGUGCUGGACGCUUAUCAGGCGCAGAGCUGUGCUGGCCGAGAGCAGCCGUUUGUACUGGAGGAGCACAUGCAGGACGUGGACAGGCUCUUCGGUGGCAGCAGCGUGGAGGACGUCGUUCGCCGACUGGAGGCCGAGCGUUCGCCUUUUGCCGAGAAGCAGCUGCAGACUCUGAAGCGCAUGUCUCCCACCUCCAUGAAGGUCACCUUCAGACAGCUGGCCAGUGGGGCGUCUAUGAGCCUCCAGGAGGUGCUGGCGAUGGAGUACAGACUGAGCCAGGCGUGCAUGAGAGGCCACGACUUCUACGAAGGAGUGAGGGCAGUGCUCAUCGACAAGGACCAGCAGCCCAAGUGGCAGCCAGCUUCCUUGGAGCAGGUGACAGACGAGAUGGUGGACGGCUAUUUCCAGUCCCUGGGCAGCAGUGACCUGCACCUGUGAUGGUGACAUGGGAUGAAGAUGCCAGUGGGUGGGGUGGACGUGGCACCCCAGAGACUAUAAUAAAGUAAGAAAAGCAGCAGUGUGUGACGU